AUUCAUAAAAUGAAACAUUAUCCACAAUAAUUCCACAUCCGCAUAAUAGACUGAUAUGUGUCAUCAUCGAGUUGCAUCUUCUGUAACUGUAACUGCAACUAUACAACAAUGGCUCUUUUUCUGAACGCCUCUUUGCCUUCAACUUCCAAACCUCAUCACCAUCUCUUAAGGUCAACACCUUCCUCUUCAACCAGCUCACCAACUCCUCUUUCUCUGUUUCUGGGAACCAAUCCAAAACAAAAUCACCAAGCAUCUCAGAAACUCGCAUUAUCAUUGGGUGAAUCAGUGUCUAGUGCAGCUCUAGUUGCUCUUCUAUCUGCUUCUCUCUUCUUUGUUGAUCCUGCACUUGCAUUCAAGGGUGGAGGUCCAUAUGGUCAAGGGGUUACUAGAGGACAGGAUCUUUCUGGAAAAGAUUUCAGUGGCAAGACACUCAUCAAGCAAGACUUCAAAACGUCCAUACUGCGACAAGCCAAUUUUAAAGGUGCAAAAUUGUUAGGUGCUAGCUUCUUUGAUGCUGAUUUAACAGGUGCUGAUCUUUCGGAUACUGAUCUUAGAAGUGCAGACUUUUCCCUGGCAAAUGUGACAAAGGUAAAUUUGAGCAAUGCUAAUUUGGAAGGUGCACUUGUAACGGGAAAUACAUCUUUUAAGGGAUCAAAUAUUACAGGCGCCGGAGCGUAGGGGUUAGAGAGAAAGAAGAGAAUAGCAUGCAACCGAAAGAAAGGAAAAGACAUGGAAAGCGAGUUCUUCGGGGGGAAAAUUCUGAAUUCAUCAUUACUGAAACGGAAUCUAAAUGUCUAGGGAAACCCUGUAAAUCCUGAUCUUAAUAGAAUUAGUAACUACCAAGUUUUAUUCAUUCUCAUUCCAAGAACCGGAAAUUUGAUCAAAUUAGGAAUGCCAUAUUCGGACUAUGUUAGUUAUGUAACUAUAUCAACAACACUCGUUAAAAUAAUUUGUGAUUGUUCUGUUAUAAACAAAA